AGACGCCGGGGUUCGGUGGAGCUGACCGGACGGUCCAAGAGAUUUCCGGAGGCGCGGAAGACCCGCGUGGGACAGCCACCUGGAACGCUGCUGCCAGGUAUGACUGGUAAUGGCAUCUACUUCUGUUCUGCAUUGCUCAGUGGACUGUGGAUUGAAUGAACCAUAUCCUUUCCCAUCAUGAUAGACAACAUAAAGACUCUCCACUUUGCUGCAUUCUGACUAGUGGCCAAGCACAGGACCUUCCAAACUUCAACAAAGGUACAGUAAGAGUAACACUUGCUGUGCAGUACUGACUUCGUUGUGAAGAAGUAGUGGAGAUCUCUGCCCAAACAUACGCCGGAGGAGCCACACAGCUAUGUGCAGUUGUGUUCGCUGAAGACUAUGUCAGAGAGUCACAAUGGCCUUGCACAGUAACAGCACAACCUCGCCUUUGUUUCCCAACAUCAGCUCUUCCUGGGCGCACAGUUCCUCAGAGGCAGGGCUGCCCUUGGGGACAGUCACUCACUUGGGCAGCUACAACAUUUCGCAAGCAGCUGGGAACUUCUCCUCCAACGACACCUCCAACGACCCUCUGGGGGGUCACACCGUCUGGCAAGUGGUCUUCAUUGCAUUCUUAACAGGCUUCCUGGCAUUAGUGACCAUCAUUGGCAACAUCCUUGUCAUUGUGGCAUUUAAGGUCAACAAACAGCUGAAGACAGUCAACAACUACUUCCUCCUAAGCCUGGCCUGUGCAGAUCUCAUCAUCGGGGUCAUUUCCAUGAACCUGUUCACCACCUACAUCAUUAUGAACCGCUGGGCACUGGGGAACUUAGCCUGUGACCUCUGGCUUUCUAUUGACUAUGUGGCCAGCAAUGCUUCUGUCAUGAAUCUGCUGGUCAUCAGUUUUGACAGGUACUUUUCCAUCACAAGGCCACUCACCUACCGAGCCAAACGAACAACCAAACGGGCUGGUGUGAUGAUUGGGCUAGCUUGGGUCAUCUCCUUUGUCCUGUGGGCUCCUGCCAUCUUGUUCUGGCAAUACUUUGUAGGGAAGAGAACUGUGCCCCCAGGAGAAUGUUUCAUUCAGUUCCUGAGCGAGCCCACCAUCACCUUCGGCACGGCGAUUGCUGCCUUUUAUAUGCCCGUCACCAUCAUGACUAUUUUAUAUUGGAGGAUCUAUAAGGAAACUGAAAAACGUACCAAAGAGCUGGCUGGGCUACAGGCCUCUGGCACAGAAGCUGAGGCAGAAAACUUUGUCCACCCCACAGGCAGUUCUCGAAGCUGCAGCAGCUAUGAACUGCAGCAGAGCAUGAAGCGCUCCUCCAGGAGAAAGUACGGCCGCUGUCACUUCUGGUUCACGACCAAGAGCUGGAAGCCCAGUGUUGAGCAGAUGGACCAAGACCAUAGUAGUAGUGACAGCUGGAAUAACAAUGACGCUGCUGCCUCUCUGGAAAACUCCGCCUCCUCAGAUGAAGAGGACAUUGGCUCGGAGACCAGAGCCAUCUAUUCUAUUGUGCUCAAGCUGCCAGGUCACAACACCAUCCUCAACGCUACCAAGCUACCAUCCUCAGACAACCUGCAGGUGCCCGACGAGGACCUGGGAACUGUUGAUGUGGAACGAAAUGCCAAUAAGCUGCAGACCCAGAAAAGCAUGGAUGAUGGUGACAAUUGUCAGAAGGACUUCUCCAAGCUUCCCAUCCAGUUAGAGUCCGCCGUGGACACAGCCAAGACCUCCAGCACCAACUCCUCAGUGGACAAGACCACGGCCGCUCUCCCUCUGUCCUUCAAGGAAGCCACGCUGGCUAAGAGGUUUGCUCUGAAGACCAGAAGUCAGAUCACCAAGCGGAAAAGGAUGUCGCUCAUCAAGGAGAAGAAGGCAGCCCAGACCCUCAGCGCCAUCUUGCUGGCCUUCAUCAUCACGUGGACCCCCUACAACAUCAUGGUCCUGGUGAAUACCUUCUGUGACAGCUGCAUACCCAAAACCUAUUGGAAUCUGGGCUACUGGCUGUGCUAUAUCAACAGCACCGUGAACCCCGUGUGCUAUGCCCUGUGCAACAAAACAUUCAGAACCACCUUCAAGAUGCUUCUCUUAUGCCAGUGUGACAAACGGAAGAGACGCAAACAGCAGUACCAGCAAAGACAGUCGGUCAUUUUUCACAAGCGAGUGCCCGAGCAGGCCUUGUAGGAAAAGGGUUUGUCAGUAGCAAUGACCACACACGCACAUCAGCCCACAAGGCCUAGCAGGAGUCUGGCACAAGUGGGAGGCCGUUCCUGAUGGUGAUAAAGCGAUUUUUAUCAACCACACAGGAAAGAAGCUGCCUGUUUACUGAUCUACUGAAUAAACUGAUUUUGGCCAAAUGCCAAUUCAGCAGGAAAGAGAGAAAAACAUAUUGCUGAAUAUAAAGAAAUAUAUUCUGAAGUAGACUUUUAAGUGUUUUUUUUCUUACAGAGAAAAAAAUACAUAUUGCCUUGAAGCAAGAAUCCUCUGAAAUUGGUUUGCCUAGGUCUUUUCAUUCCCACUAGCUCUGAAAUCACAGGUGAGCUCCCUGCACGAGUUGCCAUGUGCUCGUCCCAAGGGUCUCAAGGUGUCCCUCCAGACCCCAUGUGAAGCACGGCAGGCUUGGAAAUCUGUGGUUCCGAGUUAUUUUGUACAUUGCAGAGCUGUCCCAAUUGAUUGUCCCAAUCAGCUUCCGUCCCCUCUUGGUGUGUUGUUAAACUCUCUAUUUGUGGAUUUGAUUCUUGGUUCUUGCAAAGUACCGUUUUGUGCAGUUCAAGUUUCAAACAAAAUCGCAUAUGAAUACAUGUAUACCUAUCUAUGUGUGAGUUCGGCACGCACACACAUAGUGUACAUAACGUGAUGGGGAACACCGAACUGGCAAAAGGUUCCUACCGUAUAUGCUUUCAGUGCUUUGGUAACUGAAGCCCUCUAGGAUCCUAAUAUGAUAUUGAAAGUGAAUUAAGCCCAGUUUGAGGUUGGGUCUGGGUUUGGGUUUUUGACACUGGAGCUGUUUUCCACAAACCACCCUGAAGAAUAAUACCCAGCACAGAGAAGCCAGGCCUUCUCAGCAAACCUGUGCUAGACGGACAGUUUCGAGGCGGGUCAGUCCGCACCACGUCUUGACUGGACUCUGAGUGCUUUACUGUCUCCUGGGCUAUCAGCUCUGUCAGCAGAGCUGAACUAGGGCCCCUCUGAGAUCAAAAGGAUGAACUCUGUACAUGUUUGAAUUUCAUCGUCUAAAUCUGAAUGUUUCAAAACAAAAUCUGGGAUCUAAACUGCUUGAAACUCAAUCCUAGAGUCACCUUUGAAUGUCACAUACAGCAAUAUAUCCACAUUUACACGGAAAAGCGAAGGAAAUACUGUGCCAGGGGCCUGACAGAAAGCUUUGCAUUUCACUUCCUGCUACUUGGCACCUCCGGGAGGAAAGGAGGCCUUACCUCCUGUGAUGUAGCAGGAGCCAGGACUUCUGGUUGUCACUGUAUAACCUUCACCCAGGAAUCGUUUGUGUCAGGAAGCUACACGUCCUCUGAAGAAAGAAUUGCACUCGGAAAAAGUAUUGCUUCAAAAUUUCCUUCUUCCCAUUGUGACAACUGAUUUUUGCAUUCUCCUUUGACUUGCCCCAAGUGCACCGUGUUUUCUCCGGGGGAGGGGGUCUGCUGCUCUUGUUCUCGUGGCUGCUGUAUUGUUGGGUUCCUUCCUUCUUUCCCUUCUGCCGGGACUGUGUGGGGAGCGGGUGGGGGGUAUGGGAGGGCUGUGGAGAACCCUUCCCUUGUGCAGGGCAUCCAUCCGUGUUGUGAGCCCAGAGCUUUUGUAUUCAGGGGGAGGUGGUGUUUACAGCCGACUUUGACAUCAGCGGAUGUGUUCUCAGUGGUGUGUC